AUCACUUGUACCCUUCGACACCAUGAAAACCAGCCUACCACGACUGAACGAACUCAGGAGAGUACUCGCAUCAGCUGAGAAGAAGCCGUAUUCCGGUACCAGGUCGAAUGCCUCACACUUCACAGAAUCAGCUCCGCCAGACGACAGGAAACCGAACAUCCAGGCCGUCUCGGUUCAGGCCAUUUUAACCCAUAAAAACGUCGCAAGCGAUAGAGAUGCAAUGUCGGAGGUUGACAGCGUGGUCACAAACGAGCUCCCUGAGCAUCCCAAUAACGUGUCUGAUACGUCUACGAAGGCUCUCACGAUGUUGAUCUGCGAAAAGUUGGAGGAACAACUAGAGCAUCAAAGCCAGGAAAAUCACCGCCUGCACAAAAGCGUAAGCGGCAUGUGUGAGAGUGUCUCGACCUCUCAAACCAAAUCCCAUCGUUCAGCACGUUACAAGGACAUGGAGUCGGAAUGAACAUCGCUGCGCGAAGGAAAAGGGAACGGAACCUUUCUCAUGCCAGGCCAGGAGAGUACCAAUAGGACAAGGUCUGAGUUACAUCGCCCGAAC